CGUGAAGCAUGAUGGGAAGGAUAAUAGUAGACCGAGAAAUCAAUGCUCAAAAUAGGAAUUUCUAGGUCAAAUAUACAGAAAUAUGCCAUGUCUUUCGUUUGUAAUGGAAGUAUGGUAGUAGGCAAACUACACAUGGAAUUCUGCAAUUUUUCACUUUCUACAAACCUCCUUUGAUGAGUUGUUAACCCCAGGAUAGCGAGUAUUUGGGAUUAAUUGAAGGGAGAAAAUACGACCUUCGCUGCAAAUUUUACAGCUCAGCCACAGCCACGCACAGGCGCAUCCACAGCAUAGCGAAAUAUGAGGUUACGCUGAUCCGCUGAUGUAUGCAAUGAAACGGAUUUAUGAUUGAUGUCAUGACGGGGAAAAGAUGAGUGCACGAUCAUGAUUGACAUGAAUAUUUACAAAAGGCUACUGCCACAGUGUCACAACCAUACUGACGACCUGAAAGAGAAUGGGUACUGAUGGCAUCAUCAUCAGGGAAGAUCACAGCUCACAACCUACAUCUCCUGCAGGAUGACCCGGACGACGUUCCAGGAGACGGAGAAGGCGCAAUGAUGCCUGACAACGAUUUAAACCUCAGGACGGAAACUGCCGGUAGUCUGUCUUCCGUCGACAGCCGGCAGAUGGACGAGUCCCCGGUGGAUGAUAGGGCAUCUCCAGCAAAUCUCAGCGAGGAAGCGAAAUACCAAGAGGAACUCAAGGAGCGAGUGAAGAAAUCCUUCGCAGAUUUAGGAAUCGAGCCAGAGGGUGUGUUGUUGAAGGAUAGUUUGGAUGACACUCCAAGGGAUCCCAUUGAAAUCAAGGAGGAUCUGCCCUACGAGGAGGGGUCGCAAGGGGAAUAUGACUCUAGGAGGAGAAAGGAAAAUGUUAAUAAUAAUGUGAAUGAGGAUGAAAUUGAUUCCAGUGAAGAACUUGGUGAUGAUCGUAAUGAUCUUGACAAUGAGGAAGAACACCCAUUAGACGAUGAUGAUAACUUCCUUGCAGACUCUCUUGAAGCUGCUACACCUAGUCAUCAAGGACAGCCCGACCACAGAGCGGAGACUAAGAAUAUUCCUUUGCAUCCUGACGAUGAUAAUGUGCAAGAAAGUGAUGAUAAUCCCCCAGAAUUUGGAGUGAGCGAUGAGCCUCAUGUUGAGGAGGAUGAAGACGAAGAUGAUUUUGUGAGAGACUCCUUGGAAACAGGCAGGGCCGAAUCAGAGCUGCAUAACCUUAAUGAUUCAAAUCCCAUCGGCCUUGGAGAUGAAGGACAAGAACCAUUUGAUGGAGAUGCAUCAGAUAGCUUCCCUACCCCUAUAAACCACACCAUUCCUGAUGAUGUUAGUCCAGAAGAACGUGAUAAACAAUCUCCCCAUUUGUCAGAGCCACUGCAGCCAGAGGAUAUAGUUGAUGAUGGAAGCGCAGAACCUCUCCAUGUAGGAGAGGACAUAGCAAACAAUCAUGGUGAAGAGGAAACAUUCAAUGACGCUGUGGAACCUGAUGAAGCAAGAGCUCCAUCAGAGCUAGCAUAUGAAGAUUUGACACAAAGGACGUUAAAUGGUAAUGAUGAUGAUGCAUUAGAUGGUGGAUAUGGCAACGGUGGACCCGAGAAUGAUGCGCAACUACAAAUCGGUGACCGGAAUGAAACUCCACUAGAACAUGAUUAUGAUGAUGAUGAAAGGCAAAGCUAUCCUUUGACAGGUGGAUCUGUGCUGUCUAAUGGAGAUCACAUUGAGGAUGGUUAUCCCAAUGAUGUUCAGAGUACAGGCAAGAAACCCAUGUCUAGUGAUUCAAGGCAACAGGAAUCUAGAGAAAAUUCAUCUUCGCUUUCAAAUUUAAAAAACAAUUCCAAAGGACCUCAUGGGAGGCCUCCUUCUGGUGGAUCAAUACACUCGGUUCUCAGUAACUUGAACAGCAGGCAGAGCCCUAGCAGGCAGCGGGACCCUGUGGGUGUUAUCCCUAGUCCAGGGCACCAGACAAGUUCAGGGAGUCGUACUCCCGUGAGAUCACGAGAUAACUCUAGGGAGAGAGGAAUGUCUUCCAGGUCAAGACAGUCGCCAAGUGACAGGUCAAGACAUACACCAGCUGAUGGGGUGUCUUCUGCUACAUCAAGACCUCUUUCUGGCAACAGGAAUGGAUCAUCUAAGCCCAGAUAUGGUUCAGGAGGUUCAAGACACCCUGACAGCAGAGAAGGAGAGAGGGGUCGUAGAGGUUCAAAUGAUAUAAACAUUCCAAGAUAUUCACGCAAAGGUAUGAAUAAUUCAGAUAUUGAUAAUGAAAGUUUGAGGGAAAAUCUCAGGAAUACUGAAAACAGAGAAUAUGGAGCAAGGAGCGGGUCAGGUAAAUUAAAAAGACUGCCAUCUGGAUCAGAAAAAUCUCGGAAGGAAGAACCAGCCAACGAACCUAAUCAUGCCGACCUUGCUAUGAAACCCCCUCCAGGACCUCCAAGGCAAAAUUUAACCUCUCCAAUUGCAUCAUUGGCUACUAAAAAGCCAAGUCCUAGAGAUUUUAUGACACCGGGACAGCGAAUGGAGGUUGAUGAAAACAAACAGUUCUGGUCUGACAUGCAUCAAGCUGGUGUCUUUAACCAGCCUGUAAAUCCUUCUGCUGUAAAUCCGUCCACAAAACCAAGGAAUGACCAAGUGGAGAAGAUGCAAUUAAAGAAUGGGGAAAAGGUUAGAGUGGAAUACAUUUCUGAUGACAGUGGCGAUGAAGAUCUUCACUUUGUAGACGAGAAAGGAAGUCCAAUCGACCAACUUGGCAGACCACUCUUUGCUCCCCAAACUCCUGCAACACCAGAUUUGAGGAUAAUGUAUAGGAUGAAACCAUCUCCGCCCAGGCAAAAGUCAAAUAAAAAGUCUUCAAGUGGAAGGCAACGGACAAGAGAUGUGUCUGCAGCCGAUUCAUCAAGGUAUGGAAGCGGCUUCAGCACCAGAAAUGGAUCAGGAAAUAAGUCUGGUAGAGAGGGCUCCCGGAUCCCUGUGAGACAGCCGGUUGAUAGACAGGUUUCUCCGAUUGAAGAUGAAAUUUUGUCAGUCGAAACCCAGCAAGAGGGAAUCUUAGACACGACCAUUCCAACAGCGCCACCGCAACAGGAGCCUCCAAGAGAAAGACCUGUGAAAUCUGCUUCCCUUCAAACAGGUAUAGAUGAUCCACCACCACCAGAAGAUGUUGAGGAGUCUGAUUUCAAGAGGCCUGUUCAAGAAGCGUCCAUUCAGACCGUGGCACGUGAAAGUGCAAUUCAGACAUCUGAUGGGGACUUCACAGGGAAUAAUGACAACACCUUGCCUUACCAAAGCCCUCUUCAGUCUCCGAGGCAUACAAGAGAAGUAGCACCAUUUGGACAAGUGCGGGUUGCUCCAUAUCAGCAGCAGCAAGGUCCAGGGUAUCAGCCUCCUUUACCAGGUUAUCAUCAACAGGGUCCAAUGCCGUUUCCUGCAGGUGCGUACGCACAGCAAAUCCAAGGCAAUUACCAGGGUAAUCCACAGGCACAUUGGCAACCUGUCAUGGGACAACAAGGCUACCCAAACCAGGGCCAACAAUUCGCUGCCCCUCUUCAGCCGCAGUUUAUGGAUCCUUUGAUGAGUCCAGGGAUGAACCAGCAAAUGCCUCCACAGAUGAUGCCAAAUUACCCUGGCCCACAGUAUCAUCCACAAAUGCAGAAUCCUACGCAACAAGUAGCCUUUCAGCCGCAAAUGCCGCAACAGCCACAUCCUGUAUUGCAGAACCAAUAUCAGCCAGAUCCACAGGGAUACAUGGAAAGUCCAGGUAGGCCAUAUCCUGGACAAGACAUGGAGCAGCCCUACACAAAUGAGAGAGAUACUUCCGGGCAAUCAGAGAGGAAACAAUCAGGACCUAGGAGACAACAGCCAAAACCUAAACACAAUUUCAUUGACCUUAACAAAACAUCAGCCAAGUUGAGGCGAGAUCCUCCAAAUAAAAAGUAUACAGAGAAUCUCAACCAAAAGAAAGGCUUCAAGUCACCAAUGAACCCAAGGAAACCUCUGCCUCAUAUUUCGAGGGAAAGCUCCCUGGAUGAUAGCCAGGCUUCUUCAACUGGAUGGACACCACAUGGAAGUGCAACUAGCCGUUCAAAUGACCAGUGGGCGCAGGCGGUGCAACGGGAACAGCAGAUGAUCCUGCUAGCUCGAGGCAUGUCGGACCCCAACAUCUAUCCCCAAGGACAAGGGCCUCCAGGACACAUGCGGAAUGCAUCCGUACCUGGCAGCUAUGCAGGUGGGACUACAUACCAAGGAGGCUAUCCCACUCCUGACACCAAUCCUAACCAGGUUAACGGUCAGCCGUACAGCUGGUCUGCUGACCGUGCAAACACCUAUGCGAGAAUGAAUGCAAUGCAGAACGCCAACCAAGCAGGAAUGGGAGGUCCGUUCGGCAUGGAUCCUAGGGGUAGCUUUGAGGUGAACCAGACUAGUCCAAGACAAAGGAUGGCCUACACUCAUCCCAUGCCCUCCAACACAAGUCCAUUCCAAGUACUUCCAGAUAUCCACAACUCUGGAAGAAGAAGUGGAGAAGACAAGGAACUGAGGACGAGCGACCCAGAUGGUUACCUCACCAAGCUCCAGAAACAGAAGCAGGGCCCUCAGUACAGACCGUACACCCUCAAGGACUUCCAGAAUCUCAAGAAGGAUUUCAAGCUUGGAGGACUGGGGCCAGACAAGGAGACUAUGGGCUUCAGGAGUGAGAAAGUGGCCAGACAGCGGGAUUACGCCAGACAGGUGAUGGAACAAAACAAGAAGAUCAUCAGGACCAACCCUAACGCCGGUAAUACCCCAGGGAAGGACAGCCCACAGACAGAAGCCUCCAAGAGAGAACUGAUGCUAACCUAUGCCGAAUCGGUUCCCCUUCCCCGAUUAAAGAACGAUAAGAGCCCUGCUGAUCAGUCGCCCCGGGACACAAGAUCUGUGGCCUUAGAGUAUGCAAAACAAAUCCCCAAGCCCCGCAUCCCUACGCCACCCGAGGUGCUCCACGACAGACUCUACGGCAGCGGGGCCAACUCCAGGAGUAGUGGAGCCGGUUCCAGGUCCUCGAGCGUGAGAGAAGAGACCGCAGGGACCCGUGACGAGAACACUGCGUUAGAGAUGGCACGACUGCAGGAGCUCACGCAGAGGCACAAUCAAGAGAAGGAUGCACUUGAUAGGUUAAGAAAAGGAACCUCUACGUGACAUGUAACAUAUUGCAAAAUCUUAGACCAAGUGUGAGACCUAGGCCUACAGGUAGUCCCAGUUUUAGAAUUAGAGAUUGCAAUGUUUGCAGGAACUCAGAGGUGCAAGGAAUACAUGGAUGAGAUGGAUUACUUGACAAAACGACUCUCAGCAUGAUGAUUGACCUGUUUGCAAGUCUUGGACUAAGACCUAAUCUUAGACCAAGUCUUAGAGAUGGUAAGGUUGCAGGAACUCUCCAAGAUAUCACAAGCAGGCACAGAAUAAACUGGAGAGGUAAAAGGUAUAAGAAAAGGAGUUAAACCAUGUUUUACCACUUUUUAGUUCUUAGACCCACUCUUGAAACCAAAUCAGAGCUCAAGGCAUGAGACUAAGUUCUUGAAGACCAAGUCUCAAACAAAGUCUGAGACCCUAGACUUAGAUUUACAUGGAAUCUGAGCCCAAGUCUAAUACUUGGUCUGAAUCACAGUUUCAGGUCCUUGGGACUGAACCUGAGAUCUAGUCUAAGGCCUAGUUUUCGACCUAGUCUGAGAUCCCUUCUGAGACUGGGUCAAAAACUUUACCAUUCUUCCAGCCAGAGCUCCUAUCCUCUUCCCUACCCUCCCCUCUUUCCCCAUCCUUCCAAUCAUAUAAUAUGUAACCCAUUUUUUCCCUUCUCAUUUUAUUGUCCGUUACUAUCCUAAUCCUAUUGCAUUGAACUUGUAAUACAUGUACUGCGACGCUGUCAGAAUCAUUCUGUAGAUAAACUAUAUAUUUUUUUAAAGAUUAAUUUUUUUGGUAUACCUUUCCGCACCCAUCUUAUUACCUCAGCCCAGUAUACAUUUAUUUUUAUACCACUCCUGUAUAAAUAACAAUAAUGUCAUUUAGUAGUCAGUGCAAGCAUUUAACAAAAUAACUUGUCAACCAACGAUCAAUAUUACUUUCAGAACAAGAGUUGAAGGAUAUACAUCCACAUUUCACAUGCUAAAUAAAUGUUUUGUAUUGUCAUAGAGCAUAUUAGGGUAAUGUUCUGUCUAGAUAUUAUAAAUCAGGGGAACAAAAUAUGAAACGAACAGAAAAUAACAAGAACAAGGAUUCUUUAGAAGUGUACAUUGUAUAUUUUCUGUAUUUACCCCAUAAACAUCCUGUAGAAAAAACCCAAUAUCAAUGUUUACUGCACAAAAAUAGGCAAAUAUUUCACCAAUUAAUCGUAAAAGACAACACAAUAAUUUUUGUUACUCGUCAUGUCAUUGUAAAAAUGAUUGUAUGUUAGUGAAGAAUGGAGGGAUUGUUAUAGUUUGUCAUGACAACAAGGUGUGAAUUGUUUAAGGUUGGCAGCAUCAAUUUAGAAAUGUGAAGAAUUGUAAUCCCCUCAUGUAUAUAUAAGGCUAAUUUACACAGGCCAAAAACUAUUUUUUCAAAAAUCAUCGUUUUAUUUUCACUGCCAUUCACACACCUGGAAAAAACCAUUGGCGUUUUCUUAUUCUGAUUUUUCACUCCUUGGAAAUGAGGAGAGACAAUUAGUUAGUUCUGAUAUGACACGGUGAACCGCUGCAUAAAAGCCAGUGCCGUGCUUUUUUUUUAAAACGUGUGAAUGAAUGGCAAUUAGUUUGCGCAACAAAUGUCCUCCACGUAUUCACUGAGCUCUGUGUUACUAGAUACAGAAAUAUGAAGCAUAUUACCUUUUACAUCAUCAUUUUAAAAAAACGCAGCAAUUUUGUGGCAUGAUAUGUGAAUGAUUUGUGUGUGACUGGCCAGAAAUUGUCACGCUUUGAUUGCAUGUUUGUAUUUUGUUUGUGAAUUGCCAGUUUGGGGUUAACCGUCCAUUGUACUUGCCUUGUUGGUAGGCCUGAAGUGUCUUAAUUUGGUCUGAAAUAUUGUCAAAUGUCCUGUUCAUUGUACUAUAAUGCAAAAUACAUUACUUUGUAUAUUAAAUUUUUUCUCUGUGUGUUUAUACUUUACUAUAGGACAUUGUUAGAAUUGUUAUUGAUGUUGUGUGAUGCAGCUGGUUAGGUCAGUCAAAUAGGGAACAAGAUUGCCCAAGAAAAUGUGUAGCUCUCAUGUACAAUGUAACUCUAUAAACAACCUACUCAGGGUGGCCCACAAGGGAUUUAAACAUGUAACAGUGACUGAUUUAAUUUUUUUAUUUUAUUGUUCAGGUUUGAAAAUCAGCAACAGGUUGAUAUGUUCUCAACCAAAAUUAUUAUAUAGGAAAUAUCAGUCAUGAAUUCAAAAAUACUUCAAGCAUGGAUCAAAGUGCAUCUAAGAACCUUACAGCCCUUAAACAAGCCAUGGAGUCUAGCUUCAUGCUUCGCAUUCAUCACUUCGCAUUCAUCACUUCGUGCUCCUUCCACGUUCCGAAGUUGCGUGUUUGAAUUUAUUUUUUGUGGACCACCCUGGUAUCAAACCUAUCCAUUGAUUUACUGUGGGUCUUUAGAGAGAUAAAUACCUCGCAAGUACCAUCAGCUAUUCACAGUUUGUCACAGGUUGACAAUUGUACUUGGAUAGUCAGAAUGCAAAUUGCGUAACGGUACAUUGCUUGUUGCUAGGUUGGACAAACAUUACGGCUUGACAUAACAACAUAUUGGAAUCCAUUAUUUAUGACAGGUGAAUGAAUUUUUUUUUAAAAGGCGCUU